UUAGUGUUGUAGAUGUUACCAAAAAAUGAAAUAUUUAUGGGAAAUGUUAAAUUGACUAGAUGUAAAAGUGAACAACAAUUGCAAAACCAGAAAGUAAUUACUAACAGUGAUAAUGAUGUCUUUCCAAAUCUCAAUUAAGGGGAUCAUUUUAUCAUUUAAAUGUCUAAAUCGGAUGAAUUAGGAGAGACAAUAAAAUAUCUCGCUCGCUUGGAAGAAACUCAAAAAAAGUAAGCUAUAAAAGAUAGGCUGAUUGAGAACUUAAAUAAGCAAUUAGAUUUAGCAAAGAUUUCUCAAUUAUAGAUCUCCGAUGGACAAGGAGGUUAGAAUACUGAGGAUGCAGUCAAUAACGAUGAUGUCUAUAUUCGGAUAGAAGGUCCACCAGAUGUUGGCGCAUAAGAAAAUAACAAGAAAUAAAUAACUCUUAUAGACUUUGAGAAGAAUUCCAAUGGGGAUAAUAAUAAUGAGGAAGAAAGUAAAAAUACACUGUAUAUCAAGAAUUAUCUGUAAUAAUCUUAGUUGCUCCUUCAGAGUUAUCGUCGGAAUAGAACAUUGAUUAUGAUAAUAAAUCUGAGGAGAUAUAAAUUCAAUCAUUUGAUCAAGAAAAGAUUUGUCCCAUUUGCAGUUCAUCCUUUGAGAAAAUUGUCAGGCUCUUAGAAUGCGAACAUAAGUUUUGCACGUAUUAACUUAUUCUAUUUUGAAGGAGUUGUUACAAAGAAUAUUUAGAAAAUAAAAUCAAGGUUGCCAAAAUUAAUAACAUAACCUGUCUCCAAGAAGGUUGUACCAUUAUAUUCUCAGAAGAUAUCAUUAAAUAACUUGUUAGCGAACAGAAAUUUCAAUAAUAUUUAGUUUUCAAGAGAAAGUAUGAAAUUGAGAAUGAUCCUAAUAAAAAAUGGUGUCCAGCCUAAGGUUGUGAUCGUUUCAUUGAAAAAGAUUCGAAAGCCAACAUAGUGUAAUGUCAAUGUGGUUCAUUGGUCUGUUUUAAUUGUGGACAACUUGCUCAUCAGGGAAUGUUGUGUGAGGUAGUUAUUAAAUGUUUAGAACGAUUAGGAUGCAAUUUAAGGUGAUUUUAAAUAGGCCUUAGUAAAAUAUCUAAUUAAGUAUUGUCCCAAGUGCAAAUCACACAUUCAAAAAAAUGCUGGGUGUAAUCACAUGACUUGUAAUUGUUCAUUUCAAUUCUGCUGGGUUUGCUUGUAACCGUAUCACCAGUAUCAUUAUAGGUACUGGUCAAUCAGGGGAUGUGCCAGUAAAUUGUCUUAUUGAUAGUAGUUUGGUCGGAUGGUCGUUUCAAAACCUAAAUGGAGAUCAGCAACCCUGAUAAAAUGAGGAAGAUCUACUUUGCCCCUCGUUUGGUUCUUUAUAUUCUCAGGGGUCCAUUGCUGAUUGUUAAGUUGACUUUGUUGGCUGCCGGCAAGUCAAUAGCCAAGCCUUUCUGUGCAAUGAACAAGAAGUUAAGCAGAUCAUCUAAUCCCAAGUUUUGGUAUUUGAUUGCUCCAUAUUAGUCUAUUCAGAUGCACAUAUUUUCUAUUCGCGGAAUUAUUGAUCUUGUUAAUCGUAAUACUAAUCUUUCCCUUUUACUUUGUAUUCUAUCGACUUGGCAAAGAAAUAUCAUGGCUUUCAAUUAAGGGGUGUGCUUAUUGA